AAUGAGGGGGUGUCCUGACCUGAGAAACCUAGGGGAAUUAAACAGGGCAGGACAACAGAAAUGUAAAAAAAGAAAAUAAAAAAAGAAGAAGAGGAAGAAACCAAAUAGGUUAUUAGCCUAGCUAACAUUGCCUAUUUAUUAUUCUAACAUUGUCUGUUUUUCAGCUUGCUCCCAUACAGGCCUUAUAGGCAGUUUUAUUAAGGUUCCUAUCCAGAAGCUGUCCAGGGUCCUGAAGUUAUUUACACUGUGCUUGGUAUUGGACAGGUGCAUAAAGCACGGCCUCUUUCAGUACUGUAAACAUGCAAAUAGACACUGUUCCUCAAAUCACGUAAAUAAAACAUCUUUGUUUGCAUUCACUAGAUUCCAAUCCCUGCCGCCAUCCCAGAUCACAGGUUCGACAUGGACUGCAAAAAACACCAUCCCACACAAAAUCUUGCCAUCUCUAGGUUAUACACACACCGAGAUAACCCUGCACGAUGUCUGUGUCUGAUGCUGGUCUUGGGUGGAGCAGACAUCGCUCGAUGGCUUUGAUUGGGGCGGAAUCCGUGGUGCCGCUCGUGUCUCCAGACUCGUUUCUCCCGGAAGUGGGUGGUUAAGUCGCCACUCGGUCACUGCUGGCAACGAGCGAUCGCUGUGAUGAAGGAGAGUCGGGGACAUUCUUUGGGCUGACAAAUAUCCGACGACACAGCUGUGAAAUUUCAUUUUUUUUUAAAUCAAUUAGUUGCGGUAUACCCGCAGGAAUCCACCACAAACGCUCACAAAAAAGGCUCAGACACCCCGCCGCCAAGAUGAUGGAAGAAAUUGACAGAUUUCAAGUGCCGACCGAGGCAGAGAUGCAGCCUUUUGAUCCAGCAUCAUCGACUACAUCAGAGGCAGACUCAGAUACCAGGGAGAGUGAACCUGCCACCCUCAACUAUAAACCUUCUCCUCUCCAUAUGAAGAUAGACAAACAGAGAGAGUUGGUUAGGAAAGGAUCACUGAAAAAUGGCAAUGCUGGAAGCCCUGUCAAUCAGCAACCCAAGAAAAAUAAUGUGAUGGCCAGAACAAGGCUAGUGGUUCCCAAUAAAGGCUACUCUUCUUUAGACCAGAGUCCAGAUGAGAAACCUUUAGUUGCUCUAGACACAGACAGCGAUGACGACUUUGACAUGUCUAGAUAUUCCUCGUCAGGAUAUUCGUCAGCCGAGGUGAGGUCUCUAAGGGAACAGCAGAUAAACCAGGAUCUGAACAUCCAGCUACUGAAAGAUGGCUACAGGCUUGAUGAGAUCCCUGAUGACGAAGACCUGGACCUCAUACCACCCAAAUCCGUUAACUCAACUUGCAUGUGCUGCCAAGCCACCUCCUCCACUGCUUGUCAAAUCCAGUAAAUCUGUCAUCUUUUCCCCUCCCUGUGCUCCCUCUUUCUCUUUUCCUCCAUCGUUUCCUUUCAUAACCUCAGAUAAGACAUCUAAUCAAUAUUACAGAGGGAAAUGUACAGUAAACAUUAUGAUGAACAUGGUGUACAGGAACAUGUGAACACUUACACACACACACACACACAAAACACAUUACAUGUGCUAAAACACACAUAUAGACACAUUUACACUUAACAUAUGAUUAUUAACAUGACUAUUAUUGGUUGCUUCCUCCUAUGGCAGGAUUUGCUAAUACACUAGGAGAGUCUGCUCACUUUCACCUAGCUCCUAGCCACAUUGUGUUACACUGUACAAGUGAAAAGUAGAACAAACAAAGCAUUCGGAUGGCUUUAGUUGUGAAUUAAAAACAACUUGAUGUUACAGAGAGUUUGAAAUAGCUUAUCCACUGAAUUCUCUGCUUUCAUGUUGCACUCAUUGCAUUAACGUUGUCGUUAUGGUAAGAUUUGAUUUCCAUACGGAUCUGGUUGGAUGUUUAUUGUUUGUGGCUGCUGUUGAGGCUAUACUUGGAUUCUUUUCUGUUGAACAUUUUGCAUGUUGGUGCAUUCGUACUGCAGAGCUAACAAUAGCCUUGUCCGGCAUGCACCUGGCCAUCACACUUUUUGUUUACUCUUGAUAUCUCACAUGUAUUUAAUUGAAUCACGUUUGAAGCUACGCUGGAUUUGAGAUGUGCUUGAGU